UGUUGUGAUCGAGUUAUUUUUGUCUUUUCUCGGUUAUGCUAAAACCCAGAAUUUGCAAAAAACAAUGAUUGGGUUGGUUUCUGUUGUGUUCCGAGUUGCGACUGAACCAAUCAACCUCUCUUGAAAUACGAAUCAAAAGUAAAGUCCAUAAAAUAAAAACAAGAAAAAACAAUGGUAAUGUGGGUAUUUGGGUAUGGUUCCUUGAUUUCGAGAGCAGGGUUUCACUAUGAUGAACGUGUUGUUGGUUUCAUCAAAGGCUAUCGGCGUGUCUUCUACCAAGGCUCUACUGACCAUAGAGGUACCCCUGAGUUCCCUGGUAGAACAGUGACCCUGGAGCCUGCUGAAGGAGAAAUUUGUUGGGGAGCUGCUUACAAGAUCUUAAAGAAAGAAGAUGAAGAAACUGCACUAGAGCAUCUGGAGGUUAGGGAGAAGCAAUACGACAAGAGAGAAUACCUUGAUUUUUACACUGACCCUAAUGCUACUUCUCCAGCCGUUACUGGAGUGUUGGUAUAUAUAGCUACUUCGGACAAGAAGUCUAACGUAAAUUAUUUGGGCCCUGCAUCUGUUGAAGAGAUUGCAAGGCAAAUAGUUGAGGCUAAAGGUCCCGCAGGACCAAACAGAGAUUAUCUUUUCAUCCUUGAAAAGGCUCUUCUACAAAUUGGAUGCAAAGACCAGCAUGUCAUUGAUCUUGCAAAUGAAGUCAGGCGUAUUCUUGCAGAGGAACACUGAAUGCUGCAUUGUGUUUUUAAUUUAGCACAACAUUGAAAUUUGAGACACUGAACUGCCCUAUAUUUAAAUCCAUAGGAAACUUCAUUUCUUCCAAGAAUGUUACUAGUAUGUUGGAAGAGAAUAUUCAACUCAAAUUGUGUCUGUAAUCUUCUCAUAUAACAUCUUUACUUUGUGACCCAUAUUAUGGGUCAGCUAAGAUAGAACUGAAACCAUAUUGUGAUAAUUAUUUAAUAUAAUAACAGGGGUCCGAUUACAGUGCCA